UAUCACCAGAAAAGUUUGCGUCCAAAUCGGUAUCGAUGAUCAUCUUUCUUUUCUUCUUGUCGGCACUAUCGACAAGUUUCACUUUAGAGUUGUCAGCAAGAUGUACGUUAGGAAUAUCUGCUGAUGGAAUGAAACCAGUCAAGAGUUUCCAAAUUCCCUUCGGUUCACCAUGGGGCCACUUAAUGUUCACCUUUGCGUCUUUCUUUCCGAACAUACCCUUGAAACUGGGAGUCCUCUUCUUUUUCUUUUUCUUUUCGCCAUCAAUGCUUAUGUCAGCAGAGGGGGCGUCCACAUCGAAAUCACCAUCUUUUUUCCCGAACAGGUUUUUGAAGGACAGGCCCCCUUUGGUCUUCAUCUUUGGUGUUUUCACCUUGCCCUUGACACGGGCUGACCGCUCGGUGCUUUCGCUGCUGGAGCGCGACCGCUCACGGGAUCGCAGACUCAGAUUGGCUUCGGGUCCUUCCAUGCUGAUAUCCAUGGAGGGCGUCUUCACCUUUUUCUUGCCCUCCACGUGGAACAUGCCUCGAAGCCGCCUCAAUGUACCACCCUUGGAGGUGGACUCGGUGCGUCCAUCCACACUCUCGGUGCUGCUGGCGCGCGAGCGUCCACGUAGGCCAAAGAAGUCGCGGAUCCGAUCCCCAAUCGUGCGCCGCGGCUGGCGCAUUCGGUCCAGAGAUGUCUCGCUCUUUGAGCGCGCCUUGAAGCUGAUGUCCGGCAUGUGCACCGACGGCCACUUGCCCUUCAACGGCCGGUACGUGCGCUGCCACGUUGUGUCGGGAAGGGUCACGUCUGUGAUGCCGACGUCGUCGAAGUCCACCAGCUCGACGUCCUUGAUAGCGUCGAAGGUCUGUGUCCAGACGUGCUUGAUUUUGCCGUUCGGAACGGUAACGUCUUCGACAACGGCGCCAGACGGCAGCUUGGGUAUCUCUGAUGACGAGACUUCGGUGCGAAUCUUGACCUGUCGCUUUUUACGGUCAGGCGGCAGCUCCAAAACGUCCACCUCCGAGUUCUCACGGAACUGCACCGCCGGCAGUUGAGGCUUGACGAUCAAGGCUGAGAGCAGGUCAC